AUGCUAAAGAGGGAUUUUCUAUCAGAAAAUCCGGAUAGUAUCCGCGACAUUUUCGAGCUGAAAGUCCAAGUUGAGCACAAAGGGACGAGGACGGACAUGGCGACGAAUGAAUUGGCGGCAAUCCUAGCACGGCGCCGUGCCAAGGCCGGUGGAGAAAGCGAACCUUCUAUUCCCGCAGUAAAGCAGAGCGUUCCCCAUACGACGUCAUCGGCCGCUACAAGUUCCAUCGCCGAACGGAUCGCUCGUCUUAAGCAGCAAAGCAUGAUCGCCAGCGGUUCCGGGGACGCGGCUCCAGCGUUACGAUUUAACCACCUAAUACCGGUAUCAGAGCCGUCGGAUGAUUUGCGUCAAACGAGCAGUAGCAGCAGUGAUGUGAGUAUGACGUCUACAGCGUCACAACCAGUCGAUACAUCGGCGGUAGCUACUGCUCAAGAGGCAGCAGGACUUUGUCAAGCUUCUAACAAGAUUCAGCAGCUUCAAGGCAGUCUUGGGAUCAAUGUAAACCCAUUUGGACGUCCAGGAGGACCAUCAAAUGGGAGAUCUCGAAAGCUUGCGGGUUAUCAACGGGAAUCGAUCAUGAGAACUGGAGAGGAAGAAUAUGGACAUCGACAACAUGCUAUGGGUGUAGCAAUGCCAGGUCUGACAGGAUCAGCUAUUCCAAUGCCUGGACUAACAAAGGCGGGAUUUUGUCUUCCUGGAAUGGCUCCCGAAGGGGCACUGAGAACUGAAAUAUCUAGUACAGCGCUGAAUGACUCUCAUGCGACGAUGAACCGUGUUGCGGGACCCAAGCGUCGUGGCCCAACGCGGCCUCCACCUGGAGCUUUCCGGAUCCCGACAAUGGCAGCACCGAUUAUUGAUACGGUUCAGCCUUUUCAAGCACCUGUAACUGAGCGUACAGUUGUUCCCGCGGCGGCGGUGGCACGUGCUGAAAUUUCGGAGCCGAAAGCCCCAGAAGCUCCAGCUCUGGUAUCAUUACCGGCACCUGUGGCUGCAAACUUGUUCCCAACACCGUUUCCUGAACCUUCUCUUCGUUCAGCUUCAGAGUUUGCCCCUGUGCUAACACCAACACCGACACCUGUACCAGUUCCUACUGCCGCAGCGACCAUGCAGAAGCUGCCGGAACCUGAGCUGAUGCCAUCGAUGAAACCUUACGAGCUUCAUGAUGACCCGUUUGCACCAGUAUAUGAUAACUCAACGGACCAAAACACGCACGCACCAGCCGGAUUUCCUAGUGCGUUGAUGGCGAACUUUUCCAUGGACGAGCUAGUAAUCGAUGACCAACCAAAGCCAAUACCAGCGACCACAUCGACCUCAUCAUCCACAUCGGCUACGUCACUCUUUGGAGCAAGUUGUAGUACACCAGUAGCGGUAUCUGAAUCUUACUCGCCUUCACCAGCCACUCCUGUACCAGCACCUGCACAGGCUUUUGCCACGCCUGCAGCAAUUCCGGAACGGGUUCCUUCUCCAACUCGUGUACCCGCCCCAGCGCCACCCGCACCUACUCCCGCACCCGUAGUUGCACCGACGCCAACGCCAGAAGCUUCUAUCUCCGCACCGGCACCCGAAGUUGUAUCAUCCCCGACGCCUUCAGCUUCUGCGCCAGCACCGGCACCCGCACUUGUAUCCACACCGACGCCAGCGGCAACAAAAUCCUCCCCAGCACCGGCGUCGGGUUCGUAUCUGUUCGGCGUUGCUGUGUCGGCGGCCUCAGACGGUGAUGACUCGAGCGAGAGUGACUGGAGCGAUGAAGAUAAUGGUGGCCAGUCGUUAUUUGGUGCACCAAGCAAAGCAGAGCCGGCAGCUCUAGCUCCAACACUUGUGACACCAUCGCUGCCCACUCCAGAGCUUCACCAGACGCCGGCGGCCACUAGCGCCAGUCUCUUUGGAUCAUGCGCACCAGUACCUGCACCUGCUGUCUCAGCCCCUGGAUUCGUGCACGCUGCACCGCAGACAACCAUCCCUUCUGCACCCUAUAGCUCGCUCUUCGGUGAGGCUGCUAGCAGUAGCAGUGAUAGUGACAGCGACAGCGACGAUGAAAGUGGCCUCUUUGGGGAACCGUCGAAUCGAUAA